AUGUCGGAGGCUCUGGCUGUCCAAGGUGGCCGGGUUAAGAUAAAAGGUUUAACUUUUGAAAACCAGAGUUCCUGGAGAAAACCUCGAAGCACAGCAAGAUGACUAACCACAACUCUACUUAAAUCAGUUUUCAAAUAUAUACAUUAAUUAAGUGAGAUCAGGGUCGCCCAUCAAGCAACGAUACCCGAUCCUCAACCUUCACCAUUAAAUAAUAACAUAAAUUUUUCAUACUUUUUAUUCACUUAAAAUAAGCAUUAAAAAUUAAAAAUUCAUAAACCUUGUGGCAAAUCAUGUCAGCCAUGAUAUGUCACGUGGAGUGACUUUAUAUCUGAUAAAAUUCAUCUUCAUUAGUAUUCUUUAUAUAAUUCUUCAUCCUAAUUAGUAUGAUUAUAUAAUUGUUCAUCCUAAUUAGUAUUCUUUUGUAGUCGUAUUUUAAGCUAUACAAAACACUCGAACUCGCGUUUUAUCAUAUCUAAAACGCUCGGCUGCGCCUCUAAAACACUGCUGCUCGUGUUUUAAAUAGUACAUAUAAUCAAUUUGGAUUAAAUUUACCGUAUGUAAAUAAGCAUUAAAUCUUGUUUUUAUUCAGUCGAGGGAAGAACGGAUGAUUCUAGCAAAAUCAUUAUCACAGCGACAAUAGUAGCUGCUGGCGUAUUUCUUAGCAUCGUGCUUAACGUCUUAUUGGUAAAAUACAAACGACAGAACAAACGACGGGCUUCAAAAUUAUCAACGCCUGACAAUUUUCCAUUGGAAAUUUUACCACAAUCAUUGCCAGUUGAUGAGGUGAAUUAUUUAUGGUCACAGUCGUGUUGGUGACACAGUGAAUGGUUAUUAUAUAUGGGCCUUUGGGCAGAACAGUUUCGAACUGAUAGUGCUAUCCAAUUAAUGCAAAUAAAGUUAGGUUUAGUUUAGAUUUCUUUCUGUAGUAUGAUACUGGAUUAAUAAGAGAUGACUCUUACUGUACCUCUAAGAAGAUCAGUUUCGAACUGAUAGAGUAUCCAAUGUGAACAUAGAUUUAGUUUAGGUUUCCUCCUGUAGUAACACUGGACGAAUAACAGAUGGGCCUCACUGAACCUAUGCAACUGGUAGAGCUAUCUAAUAUGAGUAAAGUUACUUUAGUUUGUACUCGAACUUCGGGGGUUUUUCUUUCUCCAGUUUUUCUCCUUUAUAAAAUGACAACUUUUAGAAACUAAUUGUCAAGCACGUAUAUCGUGUGCCUCUGGCUCGGGUGAACUGGCCAACCACACCCUGUGUGUAAUCGUCAUUAAAUAAAUCAUAAUCCUUCUUAUAAAAAACAGGAACCACUUUACGAAACUAUCGCAGAGUUUUACGAUAACGCCAGCACAAGUGGAAACAACAGUAAAGACCAAUCAUCUGAAGGUCAGUAAUAUGUUGAAAAUCCCACUAACCUUGAUAUGUGCAAUAUUUCUUCAUUCUAAGACAAUGUAAUAUGCGUUGAAAAGAAAGCAAUGGUGAUAACUGUUUUCACUGUUCAUGGGCGUACCGGGCGAGGGGGGCAGUAGCCCCCCCCCCCCCAGUUUGUUGGGCAAACAAAGCCAGUCGGGCAAUAUUCGCUUCACAGUCGGGCAAUAUUGGCUUAUUAUAAAAAUAAAUGGGACAAAUUCUGUCAAUUUUGUGAGAAAUGUGCUAUCUAACAGGAAUUUUUCGUAAUCACUCCUUCCGUCGACAACAAUUUUGGAAAAUUUCUCCGGAAAAUUUUUUUGACAACUCGGGCACAAUCCGAAAAAGUCGGGCAAAGUUCUUCCCCCCCCCCUAAUUUUUUCCUUCCCGUACGGCCGUGUCACUGUUGAACGAAGUUAAGAGGUAAUUAUCACUUAUUUACUUCGCUUGGGCAAAAACGGCGGUCGAGGGCCCACAAAACACGCUGUUUUCUCGAGGUUUCUACUAAUAAGUGCUUUACUACAUAGCAAGUGUCAAAUUCUCAAUAAUUCACCUGGUAUUUCGAAACUGUAAAAAGUCCCCUGCUCAGGCGUUCACACUGACCUGAAAUGACGACAUAUACGUGCUAUGGUGCAAAAGGCAAGAAUACAAGUCUUAAACCUCAAGAAAAUUGUAUGGAUUUUUUUAAAUAAAAGAGCUUUUCGGGAGACCUAUGGUGCAAAACAUAACUAGGAGUUAUUAUCGCAAGGAAAGUGCUGUCUUUUUGGCACAUGAACUGAAUGCAAAAGUUUAUACUUCUAGACAAUUAUUUAAAGGGAAGUUUUCUUUUGACCCAAUGGCCUCAUUUCUACGUUUCAUCAUUGGUAGCAGGACAGGCCUGCACAUGAAGGUUAUAUUCCCUAGGUUUCCUGCACAAAUUUGUUCCUCGUUCAUCAUUUAAAACCAAUCACAAACUUAUUCUUAAAUUGUGUUCACGGAAUACGAGUAAAUAGCCAACAUGAAAAUGAAGCCAUUGGGUCAAAAGUGGAUAUUAAGGUUUAUUAAGUAUCAAUCUAUUAGCUGGCAAUGCACACUACUUUAGUACUUUGACUAACGCCAGACCAAUUUACACUGUAACGCCAGACGAUUUUACUUGUGAGUGUCAGUGUUAGAGUCCUGUCAGUAAAUGGGUUAACGAACACAUCUGCCAAUGUCUCUAGUUAUUAACCCAUUAAUUAACAGGCAAUGCACCCUGCUUUAGUAUUUACUGUCUAUCGAUCAACGCCAGACAAUUGUACUCAUCAGUGGGUAGAGUACUGCCAGUGAAUGGGUUAAUUUCUCGUCACGCCCCGAUUCAAAAUUUUUCCUUUUUACAAUUUUUAUUGUUGCUAUUAAUUGUAAAUAUCUCACCGAGAAUUUACCACCCUUUAAAACGAAAAGCACCAUUGUAAUCCUGGGGGGGUCAAACGCCGUCAAAAUUUGCUCAGAGUCAAUGUGAGCGAAAUACAUCUUAAAAUACUAUAAACACAGUUUUGGAUUCUGGUUCCAAUAAUACUAAUACGAAAAAGAUAUGUCCAAAGGGGUCGAAGUUAUGUUCGGCAAAAUGUAUUGCUAGUUUACAUUGUUCGUUAUAUUAUGAAAUAUGAUACCAUACCUUAAAAUUCCCGCCGAACUAAUGUUAUUGUAUUAGGCAAAUGAGAACCAUACAAUAAAUGUUUUAGUUCUUGUUGGUAUUUUGAACGCACGCUUUAUCUUUACUAUAGCUACCACAAAGCUUUUGGCGCGGAUUAUAUUUCGCGCAGUACUAAAAUUUGCGCACUCAGCGCUGCGCGAAUUCUAAUACAGCGCGAAUUUUUAAUACAUGUAAGGUAUAUUGUCGACAUUUGACUAAAACUAUCGUAAGGAAUACACCCUUCCGGAAAGUACGUCACUUUGGCUAUAGAGCCUCGUUUUCGUGUAUGUAACAUCAGUUAAAGUCCGCGUCUCAAUGUAUUAGGAGAUUUUGUUUAAUUAAAACUACUAUGUUUAGUUAAACUGUCAAACCUUUAACUUAAUUGUCCUUGUGUAUAUUCCACAAUAUUGUAUAAAUUCACUGGGUCCAAAUAUUGGGGUUUUCGAGUCGUUUAAUAGAAAAACAUUAAUUCAAAACGCAGGAAAGUCAGAGUGCGACGCAAAAAUGAACACAAGUACACAACGGAUGUUUAUGAGUCAACAACGUACAUUUAUAGUUGUUUAUUAAAAAGUCAAACUAUCAAACCUUUAACUUGUCCCUUGUUUAUAUUCCACUAAUACGUACCACUAUAUUGUAUAAAUUUACUAGGUCCAAAUUUUGGAGUUUUCGAGUCGUUACACAAAGAAAAACACAUUAAUUCAACACGCAAGAAAGUUCAGAGUACGACACAACCUGGACACAACGUAAAAUCCAUAGGAAACCGGCACAAUUCUUUGAAAAUUCAGCGAAACUGUGUGAAAUAUAUUUUGAUCACUCUGACACUCAGUGAGUGAAAAGCCGCCAUUUUAAAACUGGACUGAAUAUGUUACUGGAGCACUUUACCCUUGGAGUUCGGAAUUGUGCGCGUGCGUACAUGUCUAUGGGCUAAUAAACGAAAAAAUGUACCAGAAGCAUAGCAUGAGCCGGCUAUUACGUACAUAAAUACGAGGAAUCGAUGGCAUUUUGGCUUAAUCGUUGCACCCUGAGCCUGCGAUGCGCGAACGAAAACUCGAUUUCUCGACGACGAAGUAAACAGAGAAAAACCCCCAGAAAAUUAGGGAUUUAAGUCCAGUCCAGAGCAGCAGACAUGCUGAAACUCUUGAGAAAACUUUGCUUAAACUUGCUGGUUGACGCGAACAGAUCGCGCCCCACUUUCGAUUUUAUUAUUGACCGGUCAAUAAUUGUUGACCGGUUGCCCCUUCGCCAAAUUAAGCACGCAGUGAACAUGACGUUUCGUGGACCAGCACGUGAUAUGGUUUUGACCAUUCAGCAAACAGGAAAAUUGAGCUUUGACACUUGCUAAAUAAUAGUGAGGGUUGCAACUGUCGCCCGCAGUGGCGGAAAUCUUGGUGGUGGGGGGGACGAAUUUUCGGAAAUUUUGACCUAAUAGGGGGCUAAAAACAGUCUUUUCUAAUGCAAAUAGGGGGGGGGGCGGUAGUAUGUCGGAAAUUUGAAAGUUUUGUCGGAAAUUUAGGAGGCUUUGCCCUUCACCGGAAAAUGUGAAUUUCUGCCAGUGGUCGCCCGCCUAUGACCACCAACUUUUCAACUUUGAACUGGUUCAAAUUUUGAUGAGAGUUUUUGCUAUAUACGUGCGCUAAUAUUCAGUUAAAUCUCGUCAACUGUCAGUUCUUGUUCUCGUUUGAUCGGGGCACGAUAGUUGAGAAAAAUCUCGUUUCACCAGGGCUUUAUAAUCGUCUUUUGUUUAAAGGCUUGGCAUCACUUUACGAUUCGGUUCAAAUUUUGAGUAGAGUUCCUGAGAGUUUUUGUUACGCUUGGUAAUAUCCAGUUAACUCUCAUCAGUGUUCAGCUGGUUCAAAUUUUGAGUAGAGUUCCUGAGAGUUUUUGUUGUGAUUGGUAAUAUCCAGUUAACUCUCAUCAGUGUUGAGCUGGUUCAAAUUUUGAGUAGAGUUCAUGAGAGUUUUUGUUGCGCUUGGUAAUAUCCAGUUAACUCUCAUCAGUGUUCAGCUUGUUCAAAUUUUGAGUAGAGUUCAUGAGAGUUUUUGCUGCGCUUGGUAAUAUGCAGUUAACUCUCAUCAGUGUUCAGCUUGUUCAAAUUUUGAGUAGAGUUCAUGAGAGUUUUUGUUGUGCUUAGUAAUAUCCAGUUAACGAGAGAAUCAGUGUUCAGCUGGUUCAAAUUUUGAGUAGAGUUCAUAAGAGUUUUUGUCGUGCUUGGCAAUAUCCAGUUAACUCUCAUUUUUCAGCUGGUUCAAAUUUUGAUGAAAGUUGAUGAGAGUUCUCGCUACGUGCUGUAAUAUCCAGUCAACUCUCAUACAAUUGUUGUUCUCACUGCAGACUCUCACUGGCCAACUCUUAUUAACUCUGUCGUUUGACCAGGGCUUAUAAUCUUUUGUUUUAUAAGGCAGGGCAUCAGAUCACGAAGUGGUUGGAGAGCCAUCAAAUGCACACAAGUUUUCUGGACACACUGAACUUAAUAAACGACCCGAUACCUUGAAAACGGGGGUGACAGGCGAUGGUGAUUAUCAGGCAUUUUUAAAGGAGGGUGACGAAUACGUAAUACCGGUUCCAGAGGAAGCACAACACGAAACACCAGGUCAAAAUGAAACCUAUGAAGAGCCCAAAUUAUCGCCAGAAAAUCAUAUUUAUACUGAGCUUGAUGUGAACAGAGUACACGGCAGAAAUACAACGGAAGACGGUACCUAUCAGAAACUAGUAAAGCAAGAUUCAGAUUAUGUUAUACCAGCUCACGAGAGAAGAGAGUCGUACCAAGACAUCAAAAUGGGAAGAAGCUUACCAGACAAUACGGAGCUGGAUCUAAGCAAACGCGAAACAGAAGUCUAAUCUUAGACCAGUCCAAGACUCGCAGAACUUUCAGCCCGUUGUAUUUAGUUAUUUAUUGUACAAUCUGAGUUUCCUCUCCUGGUUCUGCGGCGCCUGGUUCAGACUUCAGAUUUGACUACCGCUACCUCUCACCGAUGAAAUGAAUAUAACUGGAACGCUACUUCCCAACGGAAAUUUGAAGCCAAACUUGAAAGCCAGUCCCAGUCUUUUCAUGCAUGCGAAGAGCGCGGUCAAUCCGUCAACAUGAAUACGAAUUUUUGAAAACUGGCUUAAAAUUUACAAAAAAGGUUUUUAACAGCGCUGAAAACUUUCUAUUAAUGCAUUUAUUGAGGUAAUACUUCCUAGUAGACUUUACUUUAGUUUUUUUCCUUAUUGAAACGGCAUGCCCGCUGCCCUGAACUGGUCUCGCGAGAUACUCACCGUAAAAUACUACACCGUAAAAUAUACGUAGUAAUACGUAUCGUAAAAAAUUAUUUCAUGACGCUAACCUCAUCAACAUAAGUUGGUUUUCAUGAGGGGCGUCGUCAUUUUAUAUAUAAAGUAUUAAUAUUUACAAGAGAAUAAAUAGAAACGAAGAAAAAACUAUUUACAAAAGUGCUUGCUGGAUACAGGAGGUGUGACCCAUAUAUUAACAUUGAUAACAGAGUCAAAGAUUAAUAAUUGACCGGGUCAGAUUAUCUGAAGGUAGUUCCAGUUAUAUUCAUUACACUGACUGACUUACAUUACGCAUUUGAUUGGUUAAUCGGGUAGAUUGAACGCAUCUGAUUGGUUAAUCGGGUAGAUUGAACGCAUUUGAUUGGUUAAUGGUAGCGGCAGUCAAAUCUAAACAUCAAUUUACAAUCAAUAAUAGAAAAUAUUUACAAGAAUAGGGUUAGGAAUUUUCUAGAAACCAUAAGGUUUUGGCCCUGGGAGCCAGGUUGUAAGUAAGUUUUAAAAAUAAGUUUUGAAGUGGAAUAAGAUGAGUUUUAAGAAAAAAUGUAGAACAUAGUCAUAAUUUAUUGCCAAUAUGAUUUUAUUUGGUUGAAUCUAAAUGAAGAAAGUACUUUUUUGUUGUUUAAUACGUGCACAGAUCUCAAGUGUUGAGUAGUUGUGAAUAAAUUUGUGCAGCUCUAAAAAUAUUACUUUGUAGUAGCAAGUUUACUCAAUUUUUGUAGAAAUUUAAAAUUUGAAUAAAUUUGUAAUGCUUAAAUACAU